UCAUGUUUUAAUUCUUUUUAAUUGAGUUUGAACUCAAAAGAGUUGUUCUCUAAGCUUAAGUUAACUCAAAUUGGGUGUUCUUGAACUGUGAUUUAUGCAAGUGGAAAAAGAAAUGAAGGGUUUGUUAGUUAUGGCCAUGGUGUCUAUGCUGUGUAGUUUUGGUAUCAGCAAGGAGUGUACAAACAUCCCGACUCAGUUAUCUUCACAUUCAUUUCGAUAUGAACUGUUAUCAUCACAGAAUGAAACAUGGAAAGAAGAAAUGUUUGAACAUUAUCAUUUGAUACCUACCGAUGAUUCAGCUUGGGCCAGUUUGCUGCCAAGAAAGAUACUGAGAGAAGAAGAUGAGCAUAGUUGGGAAAUGAUGUAUAGAAAUUUGAAAAGUCCUUUGAAAUCCUCUGGAAAUUUCCUUAACGAAAUGCCAUUGCAUAAUGUGAGAUUGGAUCCAAGUUCAAUCCAUUGGAAGGCUCAACAGACAAACUUGGAGUACUUGUUGAUGUUGGAUGUGAAUAACUUGGUGUGGAGCUUUAGGAAAACUGCAGGUUUGUCUACACCAGGAAAAGCUUACGGUGGUUGGGAGGCACCGGAUUCCGAGCUUCGAGGACAUUUUGUAGGGCACUAUUUGAGUGCAUCAGCACAGAUGUGGGCUAGUACUCAUAAUGAAACUCUAAAGAAGAAAAUGUCUGCAGUAGUUUCUGCUCUGUCUGCCUGUCAGGUGAAAAUGGGAACAGGAUACCUUUCUGCUUUCCCAUCUGAAUUAUUUGAUCGGUUUGAAGCUAUAAAGCCUGUCUGGGCUCCUUAUUACACUAUUCAUAAGAUCUUAGCAGGUCUUUUGGACCAAUAUACAUUGGCAGAUAAUGCUCAAGCUUUAAAAAUGGUGAAGUGGAUGGUUGAUUACUUUUACAAUCGAGUUCGAAACGUUAUAACCAGUCACAGUAUUGAAAGGCAUUAUCUAUCACUCAACGAGGAAACUGGUGGUAUGAAUGAUGUCCUUUACAAGUUAUUUAGCAUAACAGGAGAUCCAAAGCACUUGGUGCUGGCUCACCUGUUUGACAAGCCUUGCUUCCUUGGUUUGCUUGCAGUGCAGGCCGAUGACAUAUCAGGUUUCCACGCCAAUACACAUAUCCCUGUUGUCAUCGGUGCACAGAUGCGAUAUGAAAUCACUGGCGAUCCUCUUUAUAAGGAUAUAGGAGCAUUCUUCAUGGAUGUAGUCAACUCUUCUCACAGCUAUGCAACUGGAGGAACUUCUGUUAGCGAGUUCUGGUCAGAUCCAAAGCGACUGGCUAGCACGUUACAGACAGAAAAUGAGGAAUCAUGCACAACUUAUAAUAUGCUGAAGGUCUCUCGCCACCUGUUCAGAUGGACCAAAGAAAUGGCUUAUGCAGAUUAUUACGAGCGAGCUCUGACAAACGGUGUGCUAGGCAUCCAAAGAGGAACAGAACCUGGAGUGAUGAUUUACAUGCUUCCACAAUAUCCUGGAAGUUCCAAAGCCAAAAGCUAUCAUGGAUGGGGGACUUCGUAUGAUUCUUUUUGGUGCUGCUAUGGAACAGGAAUUGAAUCAUUUUCAAAGCUGGGAGAUUCCAUAUAUUUUGAAGAAGGAGAAGCCCCAGGCCUUUACAUCAUUCAGUAUAUAUCAAGCUCUCUUGAUUGGAAAUCUGGACAGAUUAUGCUCAAUCAGAAAGUUGAUCCUAUCGUUUCUUCGGAUCCAUAUCUUCGGGUGACAUUAACCUUUUCUCCUAAGAAGGGGACUAGCCAAGCAUCGACCUUGUAUUUGCGGAUACCAAUUUGGACAAAUUCAGAAGGUGCUACUGCAAAAAUAAAUUCUAAGAGUUUGCGUCUACCAGCUCCAGGUAGUUUCUUAUCAGUCAAUAGAAAAUGGCGCAGCAGUGACAAGCUAACCCUUCAGAUUCCCAUCAGUUUGAGAACAGAGGCCAUUAAAGAUGACCGGCAUGAGUAUGCUUCUAUUCAGGCAAUACUUUAUGGUCCUUACCUACUUGCUGGUCAUACAAGUGGUGACUGGAACCUCAAAUCUGGGUCAGGAAAUUCUCUUUCAGACUCAAUAACACCAAUCCCUGCCUCUUAUAAUGGACAAUUAGUAUCUUUUUCCCAAGAGUCUGGAAUUUCGACUUUUGUGUUAUCAAAUUCAAACCAAUCAAUAUCGAUGGAAAAGCUCCCGGAAUCAGGCACCGAUGCUUCUCUUCAAGCCACCUUUAGACUUGUAUUUAAAGACUCUUCUUCCUCGAAGCUCUCAAGUGUUAAAGAUGUUAUUGGAAAAUCAGUCAUGCUUGAACCCUUUCAUCUUCCUGGAAUGCUUUUAGUGCAGCAAGGAGAAGACAGAAGCUUUGCACUCACAAAUUCUGCUGAUGAUGAUGGAUCAUCUAUCUUCCGCGUAGUUUCUGGAUUGGAUGGAAAAGACGGAACUGUAUCCCUGGAAUCAGGUAUCCAAAAUGGUUGCUACGUGUACAGUGGUGUGGAUUAUAAGUCAGGUCAAAGCAUGAAGCUUAGCUGCAAAACAGGGACAUCAUCAGAUACUGGUUUUAAUCAGGGAGCCAGCUUUGUAAUGAACAAAGGACUAAGUCAAUAUCAUCCAAUCAGCUUUGUUGCAAAGGGGGACAAAAGAAAUUUUCUUCUUGCACCAUUACAUAGUCUGAGGGAUGAAUCUUACACUAUUUAUUUUAACAUUCAACCUUAACAAGUGUUGAUAGAGCUACUGAUUAGUGACUCUGCUUUUAGAUAAAUUAAGUUCAAUACAUAAAAGAGGAGGGUUGAACUUGAAACCUCUUACGAGGAAAGGGGACACUAAUUGGUGUGGGGCACUUUCUU